UUCCUUGAUUCAAACGCAACCCUUUUCUUACCCCCAUCUAUCUCAUAUGAAUCAUAAUACACCGUUGACUUUUCUUAAUAUGAUCUUUCAAUAUUUCAACAUCAAAAUUCAUCAACAUGGCUAAACAAAACAAAGUAGCCUUUUUCUCUACCUAAUUAUAAAACAAGUUGCUAUAUUAUUUCAUCAUAAAAAAGAAGAUGAACAAUACAACCGAUGGAUUCUUUGGUUCCAAUGACAUAAGUGGAUUUGGCUAUGGUAUAGGAAUUUCAAUUGGGAUUCUUUUGCUCAUAACAACAAUCACACUCACUUCCUAUUUUUGCACAAGGUCACAACUUCCAAAUGCUCCAAAUCCAAGAAGAAGGAACAAUACUACCACCCCUGAAUUUCUUGAGCCACAACAUUCAAUAGUUGAUUUGGGAUUAGAGGAAUCAACAAUUAUGAGUUAUCCAAAGAUGUUAUAUAGUGAAGUGAAGCUUAGAAAAUCUAAUAAUUCUACAUCAACAUGUUGUUCUAUAUGUUUGGGUGAUUAUAAGGGAAAUGAUAUGCUUAGGGUGUUACCGGAUUGUGAACAUUUAUUUCAUCUUAAGUGUAUUGAUCCUUGGUUGAGGAUGCAUCCUACUUGUCCUCUUUGUAGAAGUACUUCUCCAAUUCCAACACCUCUUUCAACACCUUUGGCUGAAGUUGUUCCAUUGGCAACAAGAAGAGAUUCAUAGGUAGUACUUUUUUCAAAUGUUAUUUUUUUGCAAAAUGCAUUAUUUGUUUCUUGUCACAAAUUUCCCAAUUUCACAUUGUAAAUUCUUCAUUCAUAGACUUUGUGCCAAAAGAAUUGAAAUUUGACAAUAUUCAUUGUUGAUCUUAAAGAAA